AUGCCGUGUUCACCGGCACGAGAACCCAAACGCUUCUGUUUUGUUCAGCCGGGAACAGCCCCAGACCGCGAUGACGCAGCACAUAUCCUUGACUCUUUCCACAAGUGUAAUGAUGGCGGUACAGUCGUGCUCGAUCAAUCUUACCUUAUAGGUUCACCUCUUGAUCUGACCUUUCUCAAACACAUUGACGUCGUCAUCACCGGCGAAAUACACUUCGACGCCAGUGACGUCUACUGUUGGGCGGAGAAUAGUUUCAAGUACGACUUUCAGAAUCAGUCUGUAUACUGGAAAUGGGGUGGUGAGGAUGUGAAUAUUUACGGCGACCUGAGCAGGGAGAAGAGCGUUAUCGAUGGACAUGGUCAACCUUAUUGGGAGGAGAUUCAGACCAACAAAAGUUUGCGGCGACCUAUGUUGUUUGCCUUUGAUGGGAUGGAGGGCGCCACCAUGUCAAAUCUGCGCAUGCGAAAUUCACCACAUUGGUUCAACAUCAUCGCAAACAGUAGCGACAUCCUCAUCAGUAACAUGGAUCUGCGAGCAGAGAGUUUGAACGACGUCGAGAUCGCAAACUCCGAUGGCUGGGAUACUUACCGCUCAGAUCGCGUCGUCAUCCAAGACUCAUACAUAAUCAACACUGAUGACUGCGUUUCGUUCAAACCCAACAGCACCAACGUUGUCAUCCAAGGCCUAGACUGCACGGGUUCCCACGGGAUGAGUGUAGGCUCUCUGGGACAAUACGCCAACGAGACCGAUAUUGUCGAGAACCUUUACAUCUACAACGUCUCUCUCACAAAUGCUAGCGACAGCGCCCGUAUCAAAGUGUGGCCCGGUAUUCAAACAAGCUUCCAGACGCUGCUGAACGGCGGCGGCGGUCUUGGACGCGUUAGGAAUGUUACAUAUGACACGUUUCGUGUUGAUAACAACGAUCGCGCGAUUACCAUCACGCAGUGCUAUGGGCAGAAGAACCAAACGCUGUGUUCAGAACAUCCGGCAAAUUUAACCAUCUCCGAUAUUACUAUCAAGAACAUGUAUGGAACUACAUCCGGUAAAGAAGAUCCCGAAGCAGGUACCUUGGUUUGCAGCGCGCCGGAUCGAUGCAGUAGCAUACGUGCCGAGAACAUCACCGUCCAAGUACCUAGUCGAGAGCCGCCGGUUUACGAAUGCAGAAACGUCGAUCCGAGCCUGCUGGAUAUCAGUUGCAUGGCGACCAACGAGACGGAAAGGGACACCACGCAGGGCUGA